CUACAUCUUGAUUGGUGUUGGAGCUGUGAUGAUGAUUGUUGGUUUCCUUGGUUGCUACGGUGCCAUCCAGGAAUCCCAGUGCAUGCUAGGAACGUUCUUUGCCUGUCUGGUGAUCCUGUUUGCUUGUGAGGUGGCUGCUGGGAUCUGGGGAUUCGUAAACAAAGAUGAGGUAGCUGAAGAGCUGAAAAUGUUCUACAACCAGGCCUCUCUGACUUAUCAUACACCAUUGCAAAAUGUAGAGAAGAAAGAGCAAGCUAAAGCAGUGUUGGUUGCAAUGCACCAGGCGCUGGACUGCUGUGGAGCCAACACGCUGAGCAAGUUUGUGGCAAGUGAGCUGUGCCCCAAGCAGACAGGGGUGGGUCUGCUCUCUAAAAUCGACUGUCACACACGGAUUGACCAGCUGUUUACAAAGAAACUGUACAUCAUUGGGAUUGCUGCCGUCAUUGUUGCAGUCAUCAUGAUCCUUGAGAUGAUUUUCAGCAUGGUGCUGUGCUGUGGGAUCCGAAAUGCCUCUGUGUACUAAAGGGGCACCUUUUGCUGCCACCUCACAGGAUCCUUGGUGAGCGCAGCUGAAAGAGAAGCUUUGUAGUGGAAUAGAUCCUGUCAUAAGAUGACCCCUAAACUAAUCUUAUCAUCUGUGAUGUUGCCACUUGUCACACUCGGUUUUUUAAAAUAUAUAUAAUGUUUCUUUAUAUAUAUAUAUAUAUAUAAAAAAAUAAAUUUUCCUGACAUUGACGGUUCUCCUCUGGUGCUAUGCUGCAGCUUUCAUGAAAGUAAUUGGUGUGCAGUUAACAUCUGGUACCCACCCAUCAGCUCUACAGCAAGUAAAUUACCAACUUUAUCAAAGAGCUUGUAUACUGCAGCACAGUAUGAAGACUAUUUAAGGAAAAGGAUUGGAUGCCCAUUAUGCUGCAGGAGGGGGCUCGGUGCUCCUUUUGAUCUCAAGCCUUGGGUUCCUCAACCAGAUGAAUAUGAACACUUGGAUACUAAAGUUAUUGGAACUCAACAUUUUUUAUAAGAAGUUUUUCUGACAACUGCAUCAGCUGUGAACCGUCUGUGAUCAGUGUGCACUAAAAUGGUGCAAACUUUCCAAAAUGAAUGUACUGAUUUCAAAGUAUUGAUUUUUUUUUCCUUCCCAUUGUACUGCAGGUACCUUUUUUUUAAAAAAGUAUAUAUGUAUAAUCUAACCAGUGCAGUGAGUAACUCAUGAAAGGGGCUAGUCAAAAUUUGUACCUGGCCUAUUAUUGUGCUUUUUGCUCUUGCAUUACCACUUGGUCAUUUAUAGAAUUGUAGCUCUGAACUAGAGGAAAUUUGGCUGUGCCCCCCACCAGUCUCCAGUAUUUUAAUGGCUUGUGUAUCAGUGUAAACUAAAAAUAGAUCAUCCUUCCUGUAUCAUUUCAGGCGACUUCUUUAUAUCAGGGUUUCAGACACUGGGGUCUAUCUGCUUAACUCCCAGCUUGUGUACUGUGGGAUACCUUCAACUUGAAGGGCUUGCUGGUUAUCUGGUGGUUCGAAAAAUUCCUUGUAUAAGCUCUGAUGCCUUGCUUUCAGCAGUUUUAUUUUACUGUAAAAUGCUGUUAAUUUUGUCAUUCUAAUCUAAAGGGAAUCACUAAAAACAAAUCUGGGCACUUGUACUUUUCAUAACCCAUUUCUACACUCUGUAUUUGAAUACAGAUAAUAUGUUACCUUGGGAAAACUACGCUGUGACUUCUGCCAGAGUAAACAUCAGAACAUAAAUCUGAAACCCACCUCUCUAAAGCUGCUCCAUAAUGUGCCUAGAACCAUAAAGCACUCCCUGCAAACGAGUGUUCUUAGAAGUCCAAUAGAACAGUGCCUUAGUCUCCUUGCCAAACUCGAUUGGGGUUUCAAUCAGUUGAUCAAACAGACGGAAGGAUGACUAAACACAAGGCUGGAUAUUUACCAAGACCAUUUGCUACCCAAGAAACAUUCAACGUGGUAUUGCACUUAGCUGCUACCCAUGUUCAAAAAGGAAUCAAGUGAUUGGUUAGCAGGCAACUAAUAACUAUCUUAAUUUUAGUCCUGCUCCAGUCUCCAUUGUCAGAUUUACUCGUAAAUUAGGUGGGAGCUUCUAUCAUGCAAACAGCUACUUUGUCCACCUUCCCACACCAAGUAAAAAACAUGUACAGUUUUUGUUUAUAAAGUGUAGGCACAUUUGUCCAAUGAUGAUUAUGAUUUUAUACGUUCAGUCUUAAAUCUGGGUCAGCGUGUACUUAUCAAAUGUGAGGUCAUCCCAGUAAUGCACUGAAUGACAAUUUGUUCAGUGUUCCAGUAAAUUAGAAAAGUAACAAGUAUUUUCAAUUAUGGUCCUUCUGAUCUUUCAAGUUGGCAGUAGAGACAUGGUUAUCACUCAGAUCUGUUGUUACCCAGGGGAGUUCUGAUGAAGCACCCAUUUGCUGCUGCUUUUAUACAGCAGUGAUUUCAGAAGGGGAUUGACUGAUGUCUGAGAUGGAUUGAACCAUUGUACACAUUGGAGUAUAUUAAGUGUAAUAUCCCGUAUGUUUAGCAUGUCUGCAUCCAGUGGGUUUGUAUACAACCUGCCUGUUCUGUGAAUACGUAACAAUAAAGAUCACCUUUUUAACACA